CCUGCGCCCCGCUUCGGAUCUCACCACCUUCGCGCCAUUCGAUCCCCACCCCACCAGAUGACGCAAACUCCCACUACCAGUACCAGCGCCGCCGCCGCGCCGGCGGAGGCCGGGCUAUCGGACGCCAUCGCGGCCGCGCUGCCGCCGGACCCGUACGAGCAGCUGGAGGUGGCCCGCAAGAUCACGGCCGUGGCCGUGGCCUCCCGCGCCUCCCGCCUCGAGCACGAGGCCGCGCGCCUCCGCCAGAAGCUCGCCGACAAGGACCGCCUCGCCGCCGACCUCGCCGACAGGGCCGCCGCCCUCGACCAGGCCCUCCGCGACGCCGACGCCCGCCUCCGCGCCAUCCUCGACGACAACGCUAAGCUGGUGAAGGAGAGGGACUCGCUCGCGCACACGUCGAAGAAGCUGGCCAGGGACCUCGCCAAGCUGGAGACAUUCAAGAGGCACCUAAUGCAGUCACUCGGUGACGAGAAUUCUUCAAGUCAGGAAACUGUAGACAUAAGGACCUGCGAGCAAGGGAAUUCUUGGAGAUCAGAAGGAUCGGCAAAUAGCCAUCCCGUGUCCACCACCACCCGAGCCGAUGGAUCUUCCCAAGUCGAAAGCACGAACCAGGACGUGGCAAGGCCAUUCGAGCAGAAGCUUACCAUCACGCACAUAACUCCGCGCCUGGUGGCUUCCGAUCCUGCGCCGAGACUGAGAUCGUCUGCCGAAGCCCCUAGAAGGUACUCCACUGCCGUAUCCCCGAAAUUGACCUCCGGCGCCGCAUCCCCUAGGCGAUACUCCACGGCCGUGUCACCUAAACUUGCGUCCAGCGCCGCCGCCACUUCGCCGAGGAGAGAAGGUCAUAUGGCCAUGUCGGCGUGGCUCCCCUCGAGCAAGAUGUCCUCUGCAGCCAAUUCGCCACCUCGCGGGCACUCAAUGUCGGGGCGCACGACAAGGGUAGAUGGCAAGGAGUUCUUCCGCCAGGCAAGGAGCCGUCUCUCGUACGAACAGUUUGCAGCUUUCCUCGCCAACAUCAAGGAGCUCAACGCCCACAGGCAAUCACAACAGGAGACCCUCGAGAAGGCGGACGAGAUAUUCGGCGCAGGAAACAAGGACCUCUUCGUGUCAUUUCAGGGCUUGCUUAGCCGUAGCCUGACGUAGCACGCAGGCAGUUCAAGCUCAGGGCAUUGCACUCGAUCUCUUCCAUCUGCUGUUACAGCUGAUCAAGAGCAGGGAGCCAGUAGCAGGAUAAUCAUUCGUUCGGCAAAAAAUAAAAUACAUCAUUUGACAAAGAACCAUACAUAAACCAUGGAGCAGCUUUUCUGCAUUCUAGGAAGGUUCUGAUUUUCCCACCAUUAUUCUAGUUGAUGCAAAUUUUGCGCCAUAAAAAGGGAACAUGUCAAAGUUAUUAGUGAACAUAGCAUCGCAGCAGCAAUCAGAGAGCUGCGCACAUGAAAAAAAAGUGCACUUGCAAUGGUA